AUUGAUAAGCUCGUAUAUACGCAGCCGGUGGACGUCAAGCAGUUUGUUUACAAACAAACCGAUUUCCCCUUUUUUCCAAAAAUGUCGCGAUUCCGUGAAUUGCACAGAAAUAAAUUGUUAAGCGAUGUGAAUUCCCAGAGAAGUGCCGCAAACAAUGCCAGUGACUGGUGCAGGAUUGACCUAAAUGCCCAGGAGAAGCGUCUUCAGCGCCAAUACCGGGAGGAGAGGAAUUUCCUUGACCACGAGCGAAUUCAGGACGAGGUCAAGAAGCAAAGAGAACUGGAAAAAGACCAAGAGUGUCGAAGAAAAGCACAGGAAAUCCAUGAACAGGAGCGACGGAGGAUCUGCGAAGCAAAAAUGCGACAACAAUUGCGAGAGAGCAAUCAGGAACUGAGGGAAUUGGAGGCACAGCUGAGGAGGGCGUACGUGGCCAAGGAGCUGGCAGCUCAGGUGGCGGAAAAGGAUAUCGAGAAGUACCAGAGGAAGCUGCAAGUAAAGAAGGAGCAGGAAUUCAUGGACAGAGAGCUGGAAAAGGUGCAAAAAUCCUUGGAGGAAGAGAGGGAACGCGAGCUGAGGAAGAAACUGACCCUGAGAGAUGAGCUCAGGAAUCAAAUGGAGACAUCUCAUCAGCGGAAUAAGAUUCUCUAUGUGGAGUUCCUGAAGGAGAAGCAGUAUCUCGAUGAGAUUGUGAGGCAAAUUUACGAGGAACAAAUGGAAGAAUUGAGAUUGAAGAUGAUAAGAAAGCGAAGAGCAUUAUCUGAACUGGAACAAUUCCGGAAAAACAAAGAGGUGUUUCAGGAGAAGCAGAGAAGAUUGAAUGAAGAUGAGAACAAGAGAAUUGUUGAGUACAUUGAGCUGAAGGAUGAACUCGUGCAGAAGGAGAAAGAGAAGAAAAUCAAAGACAGGUGUGAGAAGGAGAAAAUCACAGAAAAACUCGCUAAAACACUCAUUGACAUUGAGGAAAAUGCCCAGAAGCACGAGGAGGUGAUUAUAGAACUGCGGAUGAAGGAAAUGGCUGAACGCGAGGAGAAGAACUUGAGAGAACAAAUGGAGAGGCAACUCAGGAGGCGCAUUCAUGAGCGCAUGAUCCUUGACGAGCAGCGCCGAGAGCGCUGGAUGCGUGUGCAAGAGUCCAAAGAAGAGGAGAAUCGCUUCAGAGAGGAACAAAUGAAAAUCCUGGCUGAGCAGGACAAGCUGGAGCAGCUGACCAAGGAGGCUAAGCGCAGGAAACAGCUGGAGCACAGGAAAGCUAUUGAAGAAGGCCUGGCUGAGAGGAAAAAGCGUCAUCAGCGGGAAAUAUCUCUGGCCAUCCAGGAGAAGGAAAUGAGUCUGAAAGAGGAGGAGAGAAUGCAACAACUAAUUGAAGAGGAAAGAAUUAAAAUGCUCAAAGAGCACGCAACGGAGCUUCUUGGAUUUUUACCGAUGGGAAUUCUCAGGGAGAGCGAUCGUCAGCACCUUCCUUUGCCUUCUGGCACAUCAGACAAGGAUAAUUAAUAAUUGUUCUGCUCAGAUUCUCACUUCCAGGAGUGACCAGAUCUUCAAUAAAUAUUU